UCCACACAGGUCUCCUCGACGAACAGACUGCAUUACCCAGAAUCCUCAGCUCAAAACAGACAUCACCACAGCGGCACAUGCUUUUAAUCAUGGCGGCCGCCGCUAAAAAGAUAGUUGCUGUUGACGACUCUAGCAGUAGUGACGAUGAAGCGCUUAAAAGAUGUCAGGAGGCAGUUUGGGACAUACGAAGUGACAAAAACAAAGAUGAGGACAGCAAUGUGCAACAGUCAAAGCGUGUUGUUGUCGCUGACCAUGACCACGAUGGCAACGAGCUUCAGGUCACCAAAGGCUUUCAAAUACACGUUGCUAAAAAGUUGGGACAUCUGCUUGACAGUUCCAUUACAGAGGUGGAGACUGAGACUUUAGCCUGUGUGAAAUCAGCUAAAUGUGAUGAUGAAGGAUUCCGUCUGUUUUCUACGUCAGUCCCGGGACAGACAGAUGAUGAUACUCCGGCCCCCGUGAGGCGUCGGCCUGUACCCAGCUCAAGUGACAGCGACAGUGAGAUGGAAACAAGGCUGAGGGAGGCAGCGGUGUCUGUCAAAGAUCUCUUACACACGUCGUCACUGCCCUCUACGCUCUCCACUCCCUCAGCAGAGCUUCCCUGCUCCGAAAAAGUCAAGAAAAAGACGAAAGUGGCAGAGGGAGAGGAGAACCAUGUUGUUAAGAAGAAGAAGAAAAAGAGGAAACCGAAUCAAGAAGAGAGUGAGCAGGUGGACUCUGCAGGUUCUCCUCUUAAUGCUCAAAGAAACGGUGACCCCAGGACCUCAGAGCAGGAACACACGCAAGUCAAAGUGAAACGGAAAAAGAAAAGGAAGCGAGAAUUACACGCAGAGGAAGAUUAAGCUUUGAACUGAAUUUCCUCUGACUAAUCUUUCACUGUUUCAGGGGAUGUUUGUUUUGUUAUCCAGUCCAGCUUGAAAUCUAUUUCCCGAAAACAUUUUGAGUACAUUUUUUAGGAAGCCACAUGUUUCCGAGCCUGCAGCAAAUACACAGUAAAUGCAUCUAAAAUGUGUAAACAAAACCCCUUUUUUUUAUUUUUCAUUAAAAAUCUUUUCAUA